AGAGAGAGAGAGAGGGAGAGAGAGAGGGAGGGAGAGAGAGAGGGAGAGAGAGAGAGAUCCAGAGAUCGAGAGAGAUCGAGAGAGAGAGAUCGAGAGAGAGAGAGAAGAUCGAGAGAGAGAGAUCGAGAGAGAUCGAGAGAGAGAGAUCGAGAGAGAUCGAGAGAGAUCGAGAGAGAUCGAGAGAGAGAGAGAGAG